AAGAAAUUUCAGUAGAACUAAUAAUGAUAAAAUCACGACGAUCUAGAAAGGUUUGGAGAAAUAUGUAUUCAAAGGCAAUCUACUUAUUAAAACUUGAUGAAAAAUUUUCAUUAACAAAAUGAAUCAAAGGGAAGUUAUCAGAAUUAUCCAGUGAAAGCUAAACUGGAAACAUCGAGUAGAAUAAAAAUAAAAGAAUAAUUAAAGUUGAAAAAUAUUUGUUGAAUUUUUCUGCAAAAUAAAAAUUCAUCUCAUAGGAUUAGUGAAUGGCUGGAGUCGAGUGCAGGGUACUUAGUGCUGAGUAGAGUUAGACAAUUAAAUAAAAUCGUGAGACAACGUAGUGAAACAAAGAUAGAAAGAAGUCUCAACAGGAAUAAAGAUUAUCAGUUAAGACCGGAAAAAAGGUAAUUACCCAGUGGGAAAGUCAAAGUAGUUUUCCACGGAGUAUUAAAUAUUGUCAUGGAAACUACAGUAUUAUAAAAAGUCAGUUACUUACAGAGACAGUAGAGUUGAUUCAGAUGACAGAGAAUCAAAAGGAUAAGAAGGAUGUCAUCAAAGAAAAAAGUGUUUGUAAUUGUUAUCUAUUGCCCACCAGCGAUAUUUCUGACUUUCAUCAUUACCAUCAAACGUCCCCUAUACCUUAUCUCCAUCAUUGCAAUUCAAAAAACAGCCAUUCCAAAGUUAAAUCGCUUCAGGAUUUACCAGAACUUAGUUACAAGUUGGCACCACGGCAUAACUACUCGCCAUAUCCAGGAGCAAAUAGUUUAAACCAGUUGUUGCCCCACAGGGACAACGAGAUCUACACAUAUCCGUGUGAAUCACUCCAGAACUGUGAGAAUUGUGGACAGUCUCAUUAUCCGUUCACAGAACAUUUCAAAAUAGGCAGUAAAUACCUCAGAAUCAACAGGCAAGCAGUAUCGCAUGAAGGGAACUAUGUUCAGAGUCCAGAACUGGUUCAAGAAAAAAGGGAAAUGCCAGUGGCUACGUUACUCUAUAGAAGCAGAUCUUUACCACAAUUAUCAAUAGUACAUGAUAGUGGUCUUGGAAGUGUUCAAGAUAAUGGUCCAGUCAGGCUUCACUCUAAACUUGUCGCAGAUUUGCGCCAAUUGCUCACCUUAAAGCAGCACUACUACCCUGAAGGAGGAUGGGGUUGGUUAAUACUAGUUGUUGGGGUACUGGUGCAGAUACUUUCUUCUGGGAUCCAUGGAGCUGCUGGAAUCUCCAUUCAUCACGUAGCCAUGAGAUUCAAUGUUGAAGUUUAUCUAGAAGCAGGAUGGCUAGGAGCAAUGUCGACUGGAGUCGCCCUGCUUGUAUCCCCAGUAACAAUAGCUUUCUGCCGGAAAAAAAGUACCCGUGUUACAGCUGUACUCGGUGGACUUGUUACAGCAUUAGGAUGUUUAUUUACGUCAUUUGCAUCGCAGUUUCACCAACUUUUCUUCAGCUAUGGUACAGUAGUGGGUAUUGGAGUAGGCAUAACACGUGACUGUAGUACUCUUAUGGUAGCUCAAUACUUUAAACGUAAAAGAGAAUUCGUUGAAAUUUUUAUUGUUUCCGGAAGCGGUUUAGGGAUUGCCGUUAUGUCAGCUUUUAUCAAAGGAGCUAUUGGAAAAAUUGGUUGGCGAUUGGGUUUACAAGCAGUGACUGGUGUUGUUUUUUUGACUUUUAUUCUGGGAACAUUUUAUCGUAGUGCAUCUCUGUAUCACCCACAAAGAAGAGCGAUUUUACACCUAAAAAAUCAAAAGCGAAAAAUAAAAGAGAAAAAUAAAGUCGACGACGAACCACCUUUCUUUGAUUUCACCACAUUGAAGAGCAAAACUGUAAGGAUACUUUUGAUUUCAACUGGAAUUUCUGCUUUUGGUAUAACUACACCUAUAUUUUAUCUGGCUCAUCAGGUUGAAGAAGAAGGCCUAGGUGACACAGUGAUUUUCCUGCAAGCAUAUUUAGGUUUAGGCUGGACUGUCGGUUGCAUGAUGUUUGGUCUGUUGGUCGUGAAUCAUAAUGUAGAGUGUAAAAUAGCUCGUCAAUAUUUAAUGCAAACUGCUGUGUUUAUUUGUGGCCUGUGCAUUUUGGCACUUACCACUGUUCAUGGAAACUAUCACGGGUAUGUGAUGUUCACCUGGAUUUAUGGUAUUUUUUGUGGUGGCUAUCACUACAGUCUAAAAAUGUAUACAUACGAACGUGUGAGAGCUCGAAACUUUGCAAGAACGUGGGGAUUCGUUCAAUGCUCACAAGCUAUUCCCAUUGCAAUUGGAGUUCCGAUAUCAGGAUAUAUAAAUAUUAGCUGUGGAGAUAAAGCUGGCUAUUAUUUCAGUUCAACAUGUGUCUUAGUUGGAAGCUUUACUUUAUUUUUCAUUGAUUUACACCGUAGAAAUUUAUCUAAAAAUGAACACUCCAAAUCUAAUGCUAUCAAGCACUCAUGUGAGUCAAAUACCUGUCCACAAAAACGUAGAUUGUCUUUUAAUAAAGAGCCCGAAAAUGAUCGUGGUGCAGCUGGUUCAGCAGCAGCUGCGAUGGCGAGGACUGAGCAUCCAUCUGCUUCGGGUGAAAUUAUUGACAACUUGGGAGUUGACAAACCUGAAUUAACUUGUAUAUCUGAAGAAGGUAUAGCUGACAUGGAUUUGCCAGAUAAUAUAUUGGAUGAUAUGGAUUACAUUGGUGAUUGUAUUACGUCAUGUAAUAAAGUAGAAAAUUACUUAAUGCUUUCUGAAUUUGAGAAUAAUUUAAUUGCGGAGAUGCCGAUAAUCAUGGACCGAAAGGGCCGACGAUGGUCUCUAGCAAAAGCUAAAGGUCUCCAAACUAACCAAAGCAAUAAUAACCCAGUGCUUGAUGACGAAGAUGAAAUAAAUUCGAAAUGGCGUUUAAUGUCUACUCCAAUGAACAAUAGAGCAAUUACAGUGAUUGAUGAAGCUAGCACAUCACACGUUGAAAAUUGAAAUAUUGUAAAAUCAAAUUCAUUUAUCAUUGCAUAAAUAACUUACUAUGAUAAAGAAAUAUAUAUUGUCAAAUAUAAUUUUAUAGCAGCAAGUGAAAAAUGAUGGGGUAAGCGCUGUA